GCGACCAUUUUACAACAUUGUUAAGAACAAUUUAUGGUUUAACAACUGGUGUAACCUUCCUGCAAGGUUAGUUAGUUUGGAAGCGGUUUAGUGGUCCUGGUUAUUAUUUUUAUCUGUAUUCCUACUGAAUGUACUUCGAAUGCUGUUUAACCAGAUUUUUUCUGUAAUAUUACGGAUUAACUGUUGAUGUCAUUCUUCUCAUUGGAAAUUAAGUUGGUGCUGAAUUCCACCUCAGUGACGAUAUGCAGUUAGAGGAAGGAGAAAUUGAAGAUGAAAGUGCUGAUGAAAUUGAUCCCUAUACUCCUCUUGAGAGGCCUUCAUUUAUACAUGCUAUCCAAAACGCUGUAGAAACAAACAAUUCUGAUGACGACAUAGCUAAUGAUAAUUCUUCUAGCGAUGACAAUUCUGAUAGUGACUCGUGCAUUCCUAAACGAGCUAAAAUGAGAAGGAAAAUGCCUUCUAUGGUAAAAACCAAGAACAAGUAUUCAAUUUGGUGUAAAAAUUCCAAUGACCAAUUGACUGAUUUUCUUGGUAGUUUUGGUAUGCGUAAUCCUGAAAAUGACCGUAACGUAGAAAAUUAUAUGGUCCCAAAUGACAUGAUUCACCGAAAGAGAAAAAUACCUGUAAGAAAAGAUGGAUUAGAUCCAGAUUUAAUCCCAAAGCUACUCAGUGCAUUAGAGAUUACUGAAUCAAAUACCUAUGAAGAAGUAGCUACGGAUAUUGCUACCAAACUGGAAGAACCGAAUAAGGGAUUAGUCCUUCGAAUUGUUAUUAUCGUCGGUAAAGAAAAAGCGAUUGAUUUUUACAACAAAACUAAAGAAAUUGAAAAGGAUGGAGGAAUGCUUAUUAUUAAUAAAUCGCGUCGGAGAACUUCAGGAGGAGUAUUUAUAUAUUUGAUUCGUCAUGACGAUGAUGUUACUCAAUCCCAGAAAAGCGAAAUCUUUGAGGAACAUAAACUGAAAGAUACCAUACAGAAGCAACUUUAUAAAAAGAGAAAAAAUAGGAAGAAACAUAAAGAAUGGACUGAUAAAAUGAGGGAGGAAAAAGCUUCAGAAUCGGGGCAAGAAAUGUUAAGUAACCCUCCGCCCUCUCCCGAACCGCAUCCUUCUGAAUCAUUACCUGAGUUACCUUUAAGACGGGAUCUUGUAGAAUAUGACGAUCUUGCUUCAAUGGACCUCAUAUAUGAUUGAAUAUCUACAAUUGUCAUUCAUGCAUGAUAUUUUAUAACUUAAUGAUUGUAUUAAUUUCAAUAAUUGAUAUUAUCAUUUUUUUCGUAAGAUAAUAUUAAGUUGUUUUUUUGUUUUGCUUUUUUUUUUUUUUUUUUUUUUUACAUAUAUAAUUUAUGUGUGCAAAAAUAAUAAAAAUAUUUUUUAACAUAUAAGUCCA